CGAGCGCAGCAGCUAGGUGGCCCCGGCGUGGUAUCCGCAGAGUGGAGCCGGGGGUGUUUGGAUCCCGAGCGGGAGCUGCGCGCUCGACGCCUGCGGCAGAGAUAUUUUACCCUGGAGCUGCGGUAUUGGAUACACUUGUAGGAGGCUAAGGCCCUGCUGCACAAAUUUGUUGGAUAACUCAUGAGCCACAGAAUUUUAGCUAUAAAGACCUGAAGGUAGUCUUUUCUUCGAAGAUGGAAAACAGUACCACUACCAUUUCUCGGGAAGAGCUGGAAGAGCUACAGGAAGCAUUUAAUAAAAUAGAUAUUGACAACAGUGGGUAUGUUAGUGACUAUGAACUACAGGACCUGUUUAAGGAAGCAAGCCUUCCUCUGCCUGGCUACAAGGUGCGCGAGAUUGUGGAGAAAAUUCUAUCAGUGGCUGACAACAACAAAGAUGGCAAAAUCAGUUUUGAAGAGUUUGUGUCACUGAUGCAAGAGUUAAAAAGCAAAGACAUCAGUAAGACGUUCCGCAAAAUAAUUAACAAGAGGGAAGGGAUUACUGCUAUUGGAGGAACAUCAUCCAUUUCCAGUGAGGGCACUCAGCAUUCUUAUUCAGAGGAAGAAAAAGUGGCUUUUGUUAACUGGAUAAACAAAGCUCUAGAGGAUGACCCUGACUGUAAACAUCUCCUACCCAUGAAUCCUCAAGAUGGCAGUCUUUUCAAAUCACUUGCGGAUGGCAUCCUUCUUUGCAAGAUGAUCAACUUAUCUGAACCAGAUACAAUUGAUGAAAGAGCCAUUAAUAAGAAAAAACUCACCCAUUUCACUAUUUCUGAAAAUUUAAACCUGGCCUUGAAUUCUGCCUCAGCCAUUGGUUGCACAGUGGUCAACAUUGGUGCACAGGAUCUCAAAGAAGGAAAACCUCACCUGGUCUUGGGACUUCUCUGGCAGAUCAUCAAAGUUGGUCUUUUUGCCGAUAUUGAGAUUUCCAGGAAUGAAGCUCUAAUUGCAUUACUAAAUGAGGGUGAGGAUCUAGAAGAGCUGAUGAAGCUUUCUCCAGAGGAAUUAUUGCUGCGAUGGGUGAACUACCAUCUGACCAAUGCAGGAUGGCGUACCAUCAACAACUUCAGCAGCGACAUUAAGGAUUCAAGAGCCUAUUUUCAUCUGCUUAAUCAGAUUGCACCUAAAGGUGACCGGGAUGAUGGACCUGCCAUUACCAUUGAUCUUUCAGGAUUUAAUGAGAAAAAUGACCUGAAGCGUGCUGGAUUCAUGCUUCAAGAAGCAGAUAAACUGGGCUGCAGACAGUUCGUUACUCCUGCAGAUGUGGUUUCAGGCAAUCCUAAACUUAAUUUAGCUUUUGUAGCUAAUCUGUUUAACACAUACCCAUGCCUCCAUAAGCCUGAUAAUAAUGACAUCGAUAUGAAUUUAUUGGAAGGAGAGAGCAAGGAAGAGAGGACAUUUCGGAACUGGAUGAAUUCCUUGGGGGUCAACCCAUAUAUUAAUCAUUUGUACAGUGACCUUGCAGAUGCUUUAGUGAUCUUUCAGCUCUAUGAAAUGAUCCGUGUGCCAGUCGACUGGAGCCAUGUCAACAAACCUCCUUAUCCUGCUCUUGGAGGGAACAUGAAGAAGAUCGAAAACUGUAACUAUGCAGUGGAGCUUGGGAAGAAUAAGGCUAAAUUCUCCUUGGUUGGCAUUGCUGGGCAGGACCUAAAUGAAGGGAAUGCAACACUUACUCUGGCAUUGGUAUGGCAGCUGAUGAGAAGGUACACAUUGAAUGUGUUGUCAGAUCUUGGAGAAGGUGAAAAAGUAAAUGAUGAAAUUAUUAUUAAAUGGGUCAAUCAGACGCUUAAAAGUGCAAAAAAACAUACUUCUAUUUCCAGCUUCAAGGACAAAUCUAUCAGCACAAGCUUACCUGUCCUAGACUUAAUAGAUGCCAUCGCACCAAAUGCAGUUCGUCAAGAAAUGAUCAAGAGAGAAGACUUAUCUGAAGAGGACAAGCUAAACAAUGCUAAAUACGCCAUUUCAGUUGCUCGAAAGAUUGGUGCCCGGAUAUAUGCCUUACCUGAUGACCUCGUAGAAGUGAAACCAAAGAUGGUUAUGACCGUGUUUGCAUGCUUAAUGGGAAAAGGACUGAAUAGAAUAAAAUAAUGAGAAACAUUUAAUAUGACUUUCUGCCACAUUAAACACAUUGAAUGCCUCACAGUUUACAGAUUUCUGAAAUGUAGUGGGUAUAAAACCAGAGAUUAUUUGUAUGCUUAAAAUAGUUGUAUAAUUCAUUAAUGAAUUAAAUAUCUUGUUUCUACUGGUUAGAAUCUGUCAACCUUUUUGGAUAACACAGUUAAUUUACCAGUAGAUACUGAUAUGUUCAUUAUCAAGUUGAUAUUUCAUAAUUAAAUUAUUUUCAUUUCCUGAAAGUCUUAUUAAAAGCAAGACUAAUUCAUUGUUUCUCAUGGUUCAAAAAGAUCAAUACAAAAAUUUUUUGCAGGU